AUGCCGUGUACAUGUACAGUGAACGUGAAGGUCUACGCUUCAGAUCUGAGUAAAGAACCUGCCUUCCAGCUCAUUGCAAUGGAAAACACAUCCGAAAACCAAGAGAUCCAGAUGAUUCCAGAGCAGUACCAGGUUCUUGAAAAGCUUGGAGAAGGGACCUUUGGUCAAGUUUUACUGGCUCAUGACAAGCUAGCAGGUCGAUCAGUGGCGCUAAAACUGAUGAAGAAAGAAAGAACCCACCAAGAUGACUUUGUCAAGGAAUUCAAGGUUGCGGUCUAUCUGUCUCAUCACAGGGGUAUCAUUACAACCUACCCCUACUUCUUUGAUACCCUGAAACACUAUGUCUACGUCCAGGAGGUGGCAACAGCAGGGACCCUCGAAUCCAUUAUUGUUGAGAAGGUUGGGUUACCAGAAUACAUUGUGAAGCGUUGUGCUGCUCAGAUCUCCGAAGCAUUGUUUUUCAUUCAUAAUCAAGGGUUGGUGCAUAGAGACCUGAAACCAGACAACAUCUUGCUUAUGGAUAAAGAAUGCCACAACAUCAAGAUCGGAGAUUUUGGUCUAACAGAACGUUUUGGUAGAUUCAUCCCAUCGAUGUCUCAUAUAAUACCAUACAUGGCACCUGAGCUUUCUAUUCUGGAACCUAACCAAUAUCUACACUUGAGUCCAAGUAUUGAUGUCUGGGCAUUUGGAGUCACUCUGUUUGUAGCUCUCACUGGCUGCUUUCCAUGGCUGGAAGCUGUAAACAAAGACCAUAAAUUCCAGAUAUUUGCAAGCUGGAAAACAUAUGGCGAGUUAGACGCUCCCCCUGUUACCUGGCAGAGUUUCACCAGGGAAGCAUUGGUUAUGUUUUCCAGUUUACUUUCACUGAAUCCUUCCGUUAGAAUGUCUGGUGGCAUUGUUUACAAUUACCUGCAUGUACCAUGGAGAUACAAAGAGCUGAAUAUUAAUAGUGUAGUAAAAGGGCCUCAUGUCUUCGAGGAUGCCGUGUACAUGUACAGUGAACGUGAAGACUUCCAGCUCUCCGACUGGGUACUAAAUUCCUUCAUCCUGUGUACACCGCAUACCAGCCUAAAAAGCUACAUGGGAGCCGUUUUUCUUGCCCAUGCUUGGCUUCCAUGGGAGAAACUACACGACCUGCUCCAGAGCCACCUGCAUCUACUGCCGAAGUUACUUCCUGUGAUGGUGCUGGAUAAGCUCCUGCGGGAGGUAGCUUUGGGGUGGUUCGUGGGGUCAGUUGAGGCCCUGUCGCUCCCAAGUUCUCUUGGAGCACGAUAA